AUAUAAGAUACAAAUAAUUUCUGUGCUAGUACAAACUGUCCCGCUCGGUUUUAUCUCUCUCCCCCACUUCACGAAACAAACUUACGAUGACUGGGUCAACCUCUUCCGACUUGGAAAAGGAUUCCAUACGUAUCAAUGAAAAUGCUAACGCCACGACAACGCCUCUUUACAAUGAACAUGUCGAUAUUACUGGGGUAGAUGAGCGCAAGCUAUUACGCAAGAUCGAUAUCGCAUUGAUACCUUGGCUCUCUCUCUUGUAUUUGUUGAGCUUUCUGGAUAGGACAAGUAUUGGAAAUGCCAAGCUUUAUAAUCUCGAGAAAGACUUGAACAUAACUGACACCCAGUAUCUUCUCGCUUUGACCGUGUUUUUCUUUAGUUAUGCCAUUUUUGAGGUCCCGUCCAAUGUAUUUUUGAAACGUCUGCGUCCUUCGCUCUGGCUGUCCGGUCUCAUGUUCUGCUGGGGAAUUAUGAUGACUGUGCAAGGCCUUGUGCACAACUUUGGAGGUCUGACAGGGAUGCGAUGGAUGCUUGGAAUGUUUGAAGCAGGUUUAUUCCCCGGUGUCAAUUAUUACUUAUCUUGCUGGUACAAGCGCUCCGAGUUUGGUAUCCGUGCAGCAAUAUUUUUUUCGGCCGCUACCGUAUCUGGAGCUUUCGGUGGUUUGCUUGCUGCUGCCAUCUCCAAGAUGGAUGGGAUUGGCGGAAAACCUGCUUGGGCUUGGAUUUUCAUCCUCGAAGGCUUGGCUACUGUUAUUGCCGGUGCUCUGUCUUUCUUCAUCAUUCAAGAUUUCCCUGAUACUGCGAAGUUCUUGACUGAGGCAGAGCGAACGGUUGUCGUUCGUCGGCUUCAAGGAGACGAUCAGUUCAGUGCUGCAGGAGAGAAAUUGAGGAUGAAAUAUAUCUAUAAGAGUAUACUGGAUUGGAAAACAUGGAUCGGAAUGAUUGUCUACGUUGGUGCUGACAUGCCUCUAUACGCGUUCUCCCUCUUUCUACCUUCUAUCAUCAACCAGCUUGGCUUCAAGGCCACCCCCGCCAAUCUCUUAACCGUUCCUGUGUAUGCCUUUGCCUGUCUCAUUACCUGCGUUGUCGGCUUUCUGGCAGACAAAUGGGGUCGUCGGGGAUAUUUCAACUUGAACGCAGCUUUAUCUUACUUCGCUGUAUAUCUCGCUACCUGUGGGAUUUAUCCUGUCAUUCCGAACUCUAUUGCGUGGGUUUCGAACAACGUAGAGGGUUCCUACAAGCGCAGUGUCACGCUGGCAAUGGUGAUCAGUUUUGGAAACAUCAAUGGAGCUGUUAGUUCUAAUGUAUACCGCGCCAAAGAUCAACCAUGGUAUCCACUAGGACACGGAUUGGUUCUACUCUACAUCGGAUUGGGACUCAUCUCCUCCACUACCUUCCUUGUGCUCCUCAAAAGAGAAAACGCAAAGCGAGAACGCGGCGAAAGGAAUGAGAUCAUUGGAGAUGAAAAAUCCAGUGGCCAUGAAAUCAAUGGCAGAUACGAGACGGUAGCGGAUGCAAAAGCAGACAAGGGAGACGAAUGGAGUGGCUACAGAUACACUAUAUGAAUAAAUGUUACUUAGAAUCAUCAGAUACAAAUUACCAUUGCCAGAAGGGAACGAGUUACCUACUUCUGGGGAGCAAUUAGGGGCUUUCCUGCUCAAUAACGUAGACGUUUGAAUGCCUUGUGAAGUGUCACGAU